GUAAUCUGUUGAGACGUCAUUGCAAUAUUUUGAUAUAAAAGGCUCAAAUCGACGUUUUCAAUUUGUCUCUCCCAGGGAGUCAGCACUUCGCAAUCAUCAUGAAGUUCCUCGUUGUUCUCGCUCUUGCCUUGGCAAUGGCUUCGGCCUCCACCCUCCCAAGGAGAACCCGCAACCAUUACAGACCCCGUAAUGUUCUUAUCCCUCCCAUCAACAAGGAGGUCACCAAGAACCCCAAAUACUUUGGAAAGAUUGUGGGUGGCUCGGAGGCCGAACCCCACUCCCAUCCCUUCAUCGUUCACUUGCUUUUGGAUGAAGCCUACCUGUGUGGUGGUAGCUUGAUCGCUCCCAACGUUGUCGUCACUGCGGCCCAUUGUACCGAUGGCGUUCGAUUCGUUGAGGUUAUUGCCGGAGCUCACAGAUGGGAAAUCAACGAGCCCAGCCAACAAACCCAAGUCAGUACUAACAUCAAGACCAACACACAAUUCAGCUUCGACACCCUUGAUAACGACGUGGCUGUUAUCAUUUUGGACGAAGACUUUGAUCUUACUGAUGAGGUUGCCACCAUUGAUUUGGCUACUAGUGAGCCCUCCGUGGGAUCCACCAUUGGCAUCACUGGAUGGGGACGAGAUGAUUCUGGAAACGUGUCUCCCACUCUUCAAGAGGCCAAGGUGAAAGUUGUUGACGAUUCUGAGGCCUCCAGCAUCUAUGGCAGCAACAUGGAUUGGUCUUCCAAGAUUUGCACUGAAGUCGCCAACGGUGUUGGAACUUGCAACGGAGACAGCGGUGGACCUUUGUACACCGGAGACGGUAGCAGCGCCAGCUUGGUUGGAAUCGUUUCCUUCGGUGCCUCUAUUGGUUGUGACUUUGGAUUCCCUGAUUGUUUCACUUCUGUUCCAUCUUUCAUUGAUUGGAUCAAUAACAACAGCUAAAUGCCAUUGUAAAUGGAAUUCUCUUGUUUGAAUAAAUGGGUUGAAAUCCAAGAAAGAUCA